AGGCAGUUCCCUUUGCCCUUACUAGACAUGGCGCUGGCUAGCGUGUUGGAGAGGCCGUUACCCGUGAACCGGCGCGGGUUUUUCGGGCUCGGGGGUCGUGCGGAUCUGCUGGACCUGGGUCCAGGGAGUCCCAGCGAUGGGCUGAGCCUGGUCGCGCCCAGCUGGGGUGUCCCAGAGGAGCCGAGAAUCGAAAUACUUCAUGGAACCACCACCCUGGCCUUCAAGUUUCGCCAUGGAGUCAUUGUUGCAGCAGACUCCCGGGCCACAGCAGGUGCCUACAUUGCCUCCCAGACAGUAAAGAAGGUGAUAGAGAUCAACCCCUACCUGCUGGGUACUAUGGCUGGGGGUGCAGCGGAUUGCAGCUUUUGGGAGCGGCUGUUGGCUCGGCAGUGUCGAAUCUAUGAGCUUCGAAACAAGGAACGCAUCUCGGUAGCAGCUGCCUCCAAGCUGCUUGCCAACAUGGUGUAUCAGUAUAAAGGCAUGGGGCUGUCCAUGGGCACCAUGAUCUGUGGCUGGGAUAAGAGAGGCCCUGGCCUGUACUAUGUGGACAGUGAAGGAAACCGGAUCUCGGGGGCCACCUUCUCUGUAGGUUCUGGCUCUGUGUAUGCUUAUGGGGUCAUGGAUAGGGGUUACUCCUAUGACCUGGAGGUGGAAGAGGCCUAUGAUCUGGCCCGUCGAGCCAUCUACCAAGCCACCUACAGAGAUGCCUACUCAGGAGGUUCCGUCAACCUCUACCAUGUCCGGGAGGAUGGCUGGAUCCGAGUCUCCAGUGACAAUGUAGCUGAUCUACAUGACAAGUAUAGUGGAUCUACCCCCUGAAGGAGGGCAGAUGUGGCUGCUUGCCUUGCUUGGGGUGACUGUUGUUGGUAAUAUGGGUACAGCUCCCCAUCCUGUAGUGGAGGGGUCCCUGAUUGUAUCGAUCAUUUUUUUUAAUCUCUGGUGCAUUGACCUCCAUGUGUUACCCGUUGUUAAUGAGUUACUGCAGAGGUAAUUCUUUGUUUUACUUUCUUGGAUGUUAACAUUACACUACUCGAUCUCA